CCCUCGAGCCGCGAGAGCCCAGGAGGAGGGGAAGGCGGCGGCCGCUCCUUCCCGGGGGUGCACGGAGCGCGGGAGGAGGCGGAGCGCGAGGUGGGGUGGCGGCGGGCGGGUGUGCGCGCCGGGCCGGCGCCCCCGAGCGCCCCGCCUCGCCUCCCGCGCCCAGCCUCUCCCCGGGCUCCGCCACAGACACACACCCACCAGGCACCCACCACCCUCCGCCCCCGCCGCGCCGCGGGCCCCCGAGCGAGCGGUAACUCCCGGGUGGCUCGACGAGCUCAGCGCCGCUCGAUUUUUCCCGUGGGAUCCCAGCUCUCCUGCCGGGCGGCGGCGGCUGCAGGGGGAUGGGGACCCGCGUGGGGAAGUGGGUGAAGAUCGAUGAAGAUUAUUCUUCUUUUUAAGGAUUCCUUAGCUUCCUCCCGCCGUCUCUCCUUAGAGCCUUCCUAGUGGAGACCGUGAACCAGAGUCAGAGAUGUAGACAGGAGGGAAGACGCCACGCCGGGAGCUCCAGCCAGCCAGCCGGGAAGACCCUCCUCUCGGUGGAGGGGAGGGGGGUUUCCAGCGACACAUCAUUGGCGAAGGGGAUCGUCGCCGGGAGAGGAGCCCCCGAGGGAACGGGGAAUCCCACAGCCCUUUGUGGUGCCGGCUGAAGAGGUCUCCGGGAGCUAGUGUGGCCGUGGAAAUGCCUGCCUCAGAGGGAUGUCACUUUAGCUGACCUUCCACGGCUCAUUGUGUUGAAGACUCUGUCUCUACGGCUCUGUUCAGUUCAAAAUGGCAGAAAAGGCUCCCCCGGGGUUAAACAGGAAGACUUCAAGGUCAACACUCUCUCUUCCACCAGAACCUGUGGACAUUGUCCGGAGCAAAACGUGUUCACGGAGAGUCAAAAUCAAUGUGGGGGGCCUGAACCACGAGGUCCUGUGGAGAACGUUGGACCGACUGCCCAGGACACGCCUGGGGAAGCUGCGAGACUGCAACACGCACGAGAGCCUCCUGGAGGUGUGCGAUGACUACAACCUAAACGAAAAUGAGUACUUCUUUGAUCGGCAUCCAGGCGCCUUCACUUCCAUUUUGAAUUUCUACCGGACAGGGAAACUCCAUAUGAUGGAAGAAAUGUGUGCUCUCUCCUUCGGCCAGGAGCUAGAUUACUGGGGCAUUGAUGAGAUCUAUCUGGAGUCCUGUUGCCAAGCCAGGUAUCACCAAAAGAAAGAGCAAAUGAAUGAAGAACUGAGGCGUGAGGCAGAGACCAUGCGAGAGCGGGAGGGAGAAGAAUUCGAUAACACCUGCUGCCCCGAGAAAAGGAAGAAGCUGUGGGACUUGCUGGAGAAGCCCAACUCCUCGGUGGCUGCAAAGAUCUUGGCCAUUGUGUCCAUCCUGUUCAUCGUACUCUCCACCAUUGCUCUGUCUCUCAACACCCUCCCAGAGCUUCAGGAGACGGAUGAAUUCGGACAGGCCAGCGACAACCCCCAGUUGGCACACGUGGAGGCGGUGUGCAUUGCUUGGUUUACCAUGGAGUACCUCUUACGCUUCCUCUCCUCGCCAAACAAGUGGAAGUUCUUUAAAGGCCCACUCAACGUCAUUGACUUGCUGGCCAUCUUGCCCUAUUAUGUCACCAUCUUCCUCACGGAGUCCAACAAGAGCGUGCUGCAGUUCCAGAACGUGCGGCGCGUGGUCCAGAUCUUCCGCAUCAUGCGGAUCCUCAGGAUCCUGAAGCUCGCCAGACACUCCACAGGCCUGCAGUCUCUGGGUUUCACCCUCAGACGGAGUUACAACGAAUUGGGCUUGUUGAUAUUGUUUCUGGCCAUGGGGAUCAUGAUCUUCUCCAGCCUGGUGUUUUUUGCGGAGAAGGAUGAAGACGCAACCAAGUUCACCAGUAUCCCGGCAUCCUUCUGGUGGGCCACCAUCACCAUGACCACUGUAGGCUACGGUGACAUCUACCCAAAAACAUUGCUGGGGAAGAUCGUGGGCGGCCUCUGCUGCAUUGCCGGGGUUCUGGUGAUCGCCCUCCCCAUCCCAAUCAUUGUGAACAAUUUUUCUGAGUUUUACAAGGAGCAGAAACGCCAGGAGAAGGCAGUGAAAAGGAGAGAGGCUCUCGAGCGGGCCAAAAGGAAUGGAAGCAUCGUCUCUAUGAACUUAAAAGACGCCUUCGCUCGAAGUAUGGAGCUGAUCGACGUGGCUGUGGAGAAGACAGGAGAGCCGGCCAAGACGAAGGACCCCACCGACGACAAUCACCUGUCUCCCAGCCGGUGGAAGUGGGCCAGGAAAGCUCUGUCGGAAACCAGCUCCAACAAGUCUUACGAGAACAAGUACCAGGAGGUGAGCCAAAAAGACUCCCACGAGCAGCUGAACAACACGUCCGCCUCCAGCCCACAGCAUCUGAGUGCGCAGAAGCUGGAGAUGCUGUACAACGAGAUCACCAAGACCCAGCCUCACUGUCACCCCAGCGCCGACGGCCAGGAGCAGCCCGAGCGGCCCUCAGCCUACGAAGAGGAGAUCGAGAUGGAGGAGGUGGUGUGCCCGCAGGAGCAGCUGGCCGUGGCGCAGACCGAGGUCAUCAUGGACAUGAAGAGCACCUCCAGCAUCGACAGCUUCACCAGCUGCGCCACCGACUUCACCGAGACCGACAGGUCGCCCCUGCCACCGCCCUCCGCUUCUCACCUGCAGAUGAAGUUCCCGCCCGACUUCCCGGGCACCGAGGAGCCCCAAAGAGCCAGGGCCCCCCCUUUCCUAACACUCGCCAGAGAGAAAGGCCCUGCGGCCCGGGACGCCUCCCUCGAAUAUGUCCCGGUCAAUGUAACCGGGCACCUCGAGGCCAGCGGUUCCCAAAGCGGGCUCCAUGGCCCCGGGCCAUCUGACAGUGCCCCCGAGAGCCCUAGGAGCUCGCUGAGGGGCAGCCACCCCCUGAAAUCCAGGUCGUUCAAGGUGAAUUUCAAGGAGAACAGAGGCAGUGCCCCACAGACCCCGCCCAGCACAGCCAGGCCCCUGCCCGUCACGGUGGCUGACUUUCCCAUCACCACCCCGCAGCUCAUCAGCACCAUCCUCUUAGAGGAAACCCCCCCACAGGGAGACAGGCCCCUGCUGGGGACUGAGGUUUCCGCACAUUGUCAGGGACCCGCCCGAGGGCCGAGCCCCCGGGUUCCCAAGCAGAAACUCUUUCCUUUCCCAUCAAGAGAGAGGAGGAGCUUCACAGAGGUGGACACCGGGGAAGACGAUGACUUCCUAGAGCUGCAAGGGCCCCGGCAGGACGCGCAGGCCGGCUCCAGCCCUAACUGCUUUGCCGAUAAGCCGAGUGAUGGGAGAGACCCUUUAAGGGAAGAGGCCUGUGCGGGCUCUUCCUCCCCCCAGGACACAAGUCACAACUGUAGGCAAGACAUUUACCACGCUGUGGCCGACGUUAAAAAGGACAAUAGUCAAGAAGGGUGCAAAAUGGAAAACCACUUGUUCGCCCCAGAAACACAUUCCAACCCAGGAGACACAGGUUACUGUCCCACACGUGAAACCAGCAUGUGACUAGUUACAAAAGCAAUAAAAAAGAGAAAACACUUGUUUCUUAAAAUUCCGGUUAAAAAUGCCUGUGAACUAACACAUGGGACGCUCGCCUCCUUCCCCCCAAAAAGUGCAUAAAAAUGUUAUUUUUGCAUGGCAUGAGCAGUUUAGUUUAAGUACUGUUUAACUAAAGAGUCAAGACUGCUUUUUGUAACAAACAAACAAAAAUGACUGAGGAUCAGUGACCAAAUAAAGAGAGCUCUGCUAGGAACCAGUGUUCUGCAAUGUCUGACAUUUUUGAUCCUUUCAUUUCAAAUUGUAGACGGAUUCUCAACUUGCAGCUUUUCUGUUACAAUGAAUUUUAGAAUUUGCACAUGAAAGGAUGAAAUGUCAUUGCAUGUGUUCAUAAGGACGAGGAGCAAGGUGUGCUCUGAGCUUGCAAAAUGCCUAACUUUGUGAAUAGUGGGGCCCGGGAUGCAAAAGUGUCCAGAACCUCUGGGAACAAGUGUCUGAGGCACAGGUCCGUCCUUCGCAGCUACUGAAGGGUGCAGACUUCUUGUCGCAACAUUGCAACCUCUUCUUAAACCAUCUCCCAUAUCUCGCUUUGGGUUACAAAACUCUUCUGAGUACAUCUGUUUAGAGGAAUACAGUAUUUUUAUUUCCUUGUGAUAUCAUUCCUAGGGUGCAUUUUUUCCCUUUUUUGCCCCUGCUUCAUUAUGGCAUUUGUGGUUUUCUUUAUCUAUUAUGAACAUAGGCAAGAUUUAAUGACCAGAUAUCAACACACUUGGACUUUAAGCUUGAAAUGUUGCCCUCAAUUAUGUCAUGCCACAGCAAAAUUACAGAAAUGCAUUUUUUUGAACACCUGAAAAUAAGGAAAAGGUUAUAUCAUAUAGCUAAACAUUUUUUUAAUGGCACUCCACAUUUGGAAAUCAGUUUUGGGUGUGUUGUUGUUGGUUUGUUUGUUUUUUUAAUUGUAUGUUGGCCCUCUUGAGAUGCCUGUAUUUUCUACUUGUACUCAAUAUAAUCCUUCCUAUCUAAAGAUCUAAAGAUAGAACACAGAUAUGCCAAAUGGGAAUUCCAAAAGGUGACUGUUAACAAACAACAGAGCUAUAUAAGUGGGACUGCCAUCCCCCCCCUCAGAGAGUUGGAUUCAAAAAAGAGUUACUAGAGCCCUAGCCAGUUUACUCAGUGGAUAGAGUGUCAGCCUGCAGACUGAAGGGUCCCGGGUUCGAUUCCAGCCAAGGGCACAUGCCCAGGUUGCAGGCUUCAUUCCCAGUGUGGGGCAUGCAGGAGGCAGCCAAUCAAUAAUUCUCUCUCAUCAUUGAUGUUUCUAUCCCUCUCUCCCUCUCCCUUCCUCUCUGAAAUCAAUAAAGAAAUAUAUUUUCUUAAAAAGAAAAAGAGUUACCAGAAAAAGCAUCCUGAGCUGGUAAUGGGUCACUAGUAUUUGCCAGUAGGGACGGGGGGAGAGGGCACACUGCCAUGUUGGGAGGGCCGCAGGUGCCAGCAGCACCCUCCAGUAGCUGCAGGAAGUGGAAACACCCACCCCCAUGUUUCCAAUGUCCCCAAGGGAUGGUCAAGCUUACCCUGGUGGAAACCACUUCCAGGAUUUUCUACUGAGAACAGUGAAGUCCAGAGGAAUUAAGCACUUGCUUCGGCUGCCUGCUGGUAGAGCCCAUGCUGGAACCCAGGUCGUUCGAAUCCAGUUGGCUUCACAGGAAACCAAGGCUCUGGCCCAGAUGUGCGGCUACCGGAAGUGUGAUUCUGGAUGGGCCUCAAAAACCUCCUCUCGGCCUCAGUUUUGCCCCAGUAAAAACCUAGACAAAAUUAUUCCUUAAACCUUCAAACUAAGAUGAUUCAUUGGUCUCUCAGGAAUGUCCAAGCUUUGCCUCCGCAUAAUGCGUUUGUCAGUCUGUGUGUGUGUGCACACAGGGAAACAGGAAAAUUCUGGGCCAAAUUUAAAGCACAACUUUUUGGUUAAAGAAAGGAAACAUUCUAAAUUGUUUUCUAUUUUUAAAAUGUAAAAAGCACUGGAAAAAGACAACCCAAAUAUUUAGAGUCUAACUUAAGGAAUAACUUUUCGUUAUUAACAGAAUCUGGUCAUUAUAUCUCAGAUAAUAAAACAAGUCCAUCCUAGUUGAAAUCCAAGCAGCCCUACUGCUAAAAAGAAUUAUAAACAUUUCUUUUUCACUGUGCUUAGAAUUUCUUAAUGGUUUUCAUAUUUGUUUCAAAGCAUAACCUUUAAGAGUUUAUGGUCCUUAGUCAUCAAUAUUUCCAUUAUUCAUACUUAUUUUAGUGUCUAAAACUAAACGUUGGUCAGUUUUUGUAAAUCUAGAGCAGUGGUUCUCAACCUUCUGGCCCUUUAAAUACAGUUCCUCAUGUUGUGACCCAACCAUAAAAUUAUUUUCGUGGCUACUUCAGAACUAUAAUGUUGCUACUGUAAUGAAUCGUAAUGUAAAUAUCUGAUAUGCAGGAUGGUCUUAGGCGACCCCUGUGAAAGGGUCGUUCGACCGCCAAAGGGGUCGCGACCCACAGGUUGAGAACCGCUGAUCUAGAGCGUUUGAAUUCCCUACCUAUAGUUUUUCAAGUCAAGCAGGUAUAUCUGCUGUUAGAUGAAUAGCAAAUAAGUUAUGCAAAUAAUUGUCUUUAUAUCAAACCUCAUGAAGCAGUUACCUUCUAAUGCCAUAUUGUUGAAUCUCAAUUUUUAAAAAUGUAUCUGUCUGCACAAGUGGGCUUGUCUUACCUCCCUGACAAUUCACUGACGCCCGCCUUUCAUCUGUCCAUUAGGCCUUCUCCUGAGAACCCUGCCCCAGAAUGCUUCAUAUUAGAAAUCUUGCCUGGAUUAGGAAUCCUAGCCAAUCCCCUCUGGGAGCAUUUCUUCCUAAAAACUUCUCCCCUUUAAUAUUCCUUUUUAAGUUUUCAAGAGUUUUCAAGAACAUCCUAUUGAAAGCUUAACCUUCUAUUCCAAGCACUUCCAAGCCAAAGGUCUCAGCUAUGAAAAAAAUAAAAUGCUCCUCUAAAAACACUUCGACUUUGGUGUUUUACAGGGAGGCAAUGCGGGAACUGAGGGCUCCCAGGAUGCAC